AUGGCACAUGAGACAUUUCAUUAUUUGAAAUUAAAGAAUUCAGGGGGUGUACAUGAGGCGGGUUUAAAGAUCGACAUGAACAAGGCUUAUGAUCGGAUUGAGUGGGAUUUUCUAGAGGCUGUAAUGUUGAAAAUGGGCUUUGCUAGAGUUUGGAUCAACCUCAUCAUGAACUGCAUUUCUACGGUUUCCUUUGCAGUUAUUAUCAAUGGCCAACCGGGUAAAUUCUUCAAACCGACUCGUGGCCUAAGGCAAGGGGAUCCGCUUUCUCCCUACCUAUUCUUGCUUGUGAGUGAAGCCCUCUCGAGAAACUUGUCUAGCGCUGUUCAUAAUGGAGAGAUCAAAGGCAUUCGUAUCGCACGUAGAUGCCCAAUGAUUUCCCAUCUGUUUUUCGCCGACGACGCUUUGUUCUUUGUGAAAGCUGAAGCUCAAAACUGUAUGAAGCUAAAAGAGAAGUUGGACAAGUAUUGCUUAGCCUCUGUUGACAACCCUGGAAUCUAUUUGGGCCUUCCGACAAUUUGGGGAAGAUCCAAGAAUGCAGCUCUAGGCUACAUCAAAGAGAGGAUCCGGAAGAAAAUUGAUGGCUGGAAACUCAACUCCCUUUCUCUUGCUGGGAAAGAAGUUCUUUUAAAGGCAGUAGCAACUGCUGUGCCAGCUUUUCCUAUGACUUGUUUUCGUUUCCCGGAAGGAACAUGUAAUCAAAUCAACAGUGACUUGGCUUCAUUUUGGUGGGGCAAUAAUGAGGAGAGCGCUGGAAUUCAUUGGAAAUCCUGGAAAAAAUUAUGCUUGGCCAAGAAAGUGGGAGGUUUGGGAUUUCGUGACUUGUCCAACUUCAAUUUAGCUCUUCUUGCCAAGCAAAGUUGGAGAAUUAUUUUGAACCCUGAAGCUGCUUGGGUUAAGAUCUUGAAAGCGCGUUAUUUCCCUACGACUGACUUCCUUAAUGCAACUAAGGGUUCUCGCCCUUCAUGGGCCUGGGUCAGCCUUCUUGAGGGAAGAAAGGCAAUGAUGAAAGAAACACGCUUCCAAAUUUUUAGCGGUGCAAACACGAAUAUAUGGAACGAUGUCUGGAUCCCUUCCUGUGAGUCGGGACCUGUGAAAACUUUGCUGCCAAUUCCUCCUCAAGCCCCCCAAUUGGUCCAAGAACUAAUGGACAAACAAAACCACACAUGGAAGCUGGAUAGUAUCUCCACCUUCAUAAACAAUGACAUCCUACAGAGCAUCAAAUGCAUCCCCAUUGGUCACUCUUCCAGACCGGAUCGCCUUGUUUGGCCAUGGAACUCAAGUGGCUCGUAUACUGUCAAGUCGGGGUACCACCGUUUUCAUGCUAGACAAAAUACCGACAUUGCAAGCCAUAAUCACUCCUCACACUUUGUCUCGGAAAGAGUUUGGAAGACCAUAUGGAAGGUGGAGACUCUCCCAAAAAUAAAACUGUUUCUUUGGAGAGCUCUAUCUGGAUCCAUCUCAACCAGACUUGCUCUUUUUAAAAGAAAAAUUGCAACGGAUCCUAUCUGCCCAAUAUGCGAAGGUUUUGAAGAAUCGGUGGAGCACAUUCUUUUUCUUUGCCCGUGGACUCAACUUGUGUGGUUUGGCUCAGACCUCUCCUACAAAGUUGACACCCGGAGGAUCUCGACUUUUGAUAGAUGGAUUGAAGGCAUUAUUUCGAUACCUGGCACCUCAAGAACUGAUGGCAAUUUUUUAUUAUCUUUUCUCAGUUUCCUGUGUUGGGAAAUCUGGAAGGCAAGAUGCAAAUUCGUUUUUAAUGGGGUUAGCCCUGAUCCGAGGCUUGUGAUCACCCAUGCUAGAGAUGCUUGCUCUGAAUAUUUGGCGGUUAUCUCCAAGGUUGAUGCUAGAGGGAACCUUUCUCCUGUCCAUCAAGUCCAAGGAACCCGGUGGUCUAAUCCAAGCCCAAGCUAUGUAAAAUUCAACUUGGACGGCUCUUGGCUUCCUGGCACAAUGAAGGGCAGCAUUGGCAUUGUGUCUCGUAAUUCCUCUGGGGAUUGGUGUGGUGGUCUUGCCUCCCCACUUUCAUGUGUUUCAUCUCUUAGUGCAGAAGCGGCAGCAGCUCUUUGUGCUUUACAUCUUGCUAAAAACAGGGGUAAUAUGAAAGUCAUCUUGGAGACAGAUUGCAAGGUGUUAUUAGAUGGCAUCUCUGGAAAUCAUGAUAACAACUCCUGGGCUAUCCUCCCUCUUAUUGACGAAAUCCAUGAUGUGGUUUCGAGCUUCGAAGAGGUGAUUUGGUCAUGGGUACCUAGGAGUGCAAAUCGUGCGGCUCAUGCAGCGGCGUCGAUAGGUAUCAGAGCUAUGGAACUGCAAAGUUGGGUCGACAGACCACCAUUGUCUCUCGUUGGGGUGUUAACAUCUGAUGGUUUGCCUUGUCCACCUCUUGUUGCAUCUGCAAUUUAG